AUGUUUGCUGCAUGUUUGUUUGCUGCAUGUUUGUUUGCUGCAUGUUUGUUUGCUGCAUGUUUGUUUGCUGCAUGUAACAUCCAGGACAAGCAACAGAUACAGGGACAAGAGAAACCUUGCGCCAACCAAUUAAAUCAAAUAAAUCUAAAAUACACUUCUGUACAAGAAAUAAAGAUUAUCUCAAGAAGAAUUAAAGUUAAUUUGUUCUGGGGGUUUGUCCAUGUCUAUGAUACAUGUUGUAUGGACGUUGAUCAUGUAUCUUUUUUUGUAGAGAGAAUAGAAGAGGAUGACGGUGGUGAAGAGGAUGAGAGGAAUGAAGCUGAGGGUGAACGAUUAUAG